CACGCAUUGUAGUUUGUUUUUGGAAUUUACGAAACGCGCUAAUGAGCUUAGUAGCUUCAGUCAUCCACCUCUCUCCGGCGAAACCGGAUCGAAUCUUCCUAAACAUUCCGGUGAUUCCGCCGCAUCGUCUCCGAGCUCGUGGAUGGACUCAGUCUCGUCCCUCUCUCCUCGCAAAUCCUUCCAUGUGCUUUUCAGCUGCGAAUCGUCGCCUCCUUCACAUUGCGUGCGCCCGAGGAACUGAUCAGGAAGAUGAUCUUUCUUCCUCUUCUUCUACAGAGAAGGAGAAGAUAGAUCUUCUACCACACAAAGAUGAAGAUGAAGGCCUGAGAGAUAAUAAUAAUAAUAGACAAGAAGAGACAAACAAAACUUCCUUCAGCACUGUUGCCUUGUGUGUAAGCACUGCCGUGGCAUUUGGAAUCGGGAUAGGUUUCAAGGAAGGUGUUGGCAAGGCGUCAGAGUUUUUUGCAGGCUAUUUGUUGGAGCAAAGCUUGUCAGUGGACAACUUGUUUGUUUUUGUACUCGUCUUCAAGUACUUCAAAGUGCCACUCAUGUACCAGAAUCGGGUGCUUACCUAUGGUGUAGCUGGUGCAAUUCUCUUUCGCUUCUCGCUCAUAGUGCUAGGAACAGCCACUCUUCAGAGAUUUGAAGCAGUGAAUCUUCUGCUUGCUGCAGUACUCUUGUAUUCGUCUUUCAAGUUAUUUUCAAGUGAAGAAGAUGAUACAGAUCUAUCUGACAACUUCAUUGUAAAGACAUGCCAGAGAUUUAUUCCUGUCACAUCAAGUUACGAUGGAAAUAGGUUUUUCACAAAGAAUGAUGGCAUUUGGAAAGCCACACCAUUGCUUCUCACAGUAGCAGUUAUCGAGCUCAGCGACAUAGCAUUUGCUGUUGACUCAAUACCAGCUGUUUUUGGCGUCACAAGGGAUCCUUUUAUAGUCUUGACCUCUAAUCUGUUUGCAAUCAUAGGAUUGAGGUCUCUCUAUACUUUGAUUUCUGAAGGAAUGGGGGAGCUGGAAUAUUUGCAGCCAUCAAUAGCAGUUGUUCUUGGCUUCAUCGGAUUCAAGAUGAUCCUCGAUUUCUUUGGCUUCCAUGUAUCGACCGAGGCAUCACUUGGUGUUGUGGCACUCUCUCUCAGCACCGGAGUUUUGUUGAGCCUAGCAAACAAAUCCGGCGACAGCUAACUAAGAGAAUGGGGGGAAGAGCUUCCAGAUGUAGUCAAUCAAACAGUUCAUAAGAACAAAAUCGCAUUGUUCAUUAAAUCAUUCCACAUAUGUGUUACUGUAGAUAAAACACAGCUGCGGAGAACAAGAUUUUUAGACCCAAACUUAAUCUAUUUGUCUGUAAGAACGUUGGCUUUGUUAGUCCGCCGGCUAUGAAACGAAUUGAUUGUUUUGAGACGA